ACGGCCAUCAAGAGAAACAAUCCUCGUAAAUUCCUGCGGAGUGUUGGAGAUGGAGAAACGGUGGAGUUUGAUGUGGUGGAAGGCGAGAAGGGGGCCGAAGCAGCCAACGUCACCGGCCCCGGCGGGGUCCCCGUGAAAGGCAGCCGCUAUGCCCCCAACCGCCGUCGCUUCCGCCGGUUCAUCCCCCGUCCCCGGCAGGCCCAGCUGCCCCCAGAUGCUGCCCGGCCCGAGGGGGGCGCCGAGACGGUCAGUGAGGGGGAGAGAGCGGACGAGGCGGUACAGCAGCGCCCACGCAGGAGGCGCCCGCCACCAUUUUUCUUUCGCCGGAGAUUCGUGAGGGGACCCCGGGCUCAGGCCCAGCAGCCCCAGCAGGCCCAGACCGUGGAAGGCUCUGACAGCACAGAUCCCAAAGAUGCUACCCAGCCUGAAGGAGACCAGCCUCAGCAGAUCCAGGCGGGCGAGAGAGCCCCAGCCCCUCGAUUCCGGCCCAGAUACCGCAGACCUUUUCGUCCCCGUCCUCCGCAGCAGCCCACCACGGAGGGAGGCGAUGGCGAGACGAAAGCAGCCCAAGCGCCAGCGGAUGGGAUCCGUCCCGAGCCUCAACGGCAGCGCAACCGACCUUACUUCCAACGCCGACGCCAGCAGACGGCUUCGGCUCGCCAGACAGCGACUGAGGCGACCACCAAUACUAAGGAGCAGCCGGCCCCCAGCUCCGCAGCUGCCGGGGGGGACACCCCAGCUGCCAGCACUCCUGUGAUGACUCAAGAACCGGUGGUCGAAGCCAGCAAGCCGGCUUCCCCAGCCCAGGAAAGCCCCACCCAGCCACUGCCGGAAAUCCAGCAACAGCUUGUGGAUAUUUCAACACCUGAGCCUGGGGGAGAGCUUGCCCCUGCUUUACUGGCAUGAAGAGCCUGCCCACACCGAGGGGAUGCCAAGAGCUGUGAU